GAAAGUGAUUCUAGCUCGGAUGAUGAGUGGGCUGCAGUUUUAAACGAGAGAGGGGCACGUCAACUGCGUCCACGUAUACUGGAUUACUCCAAUCUUGUUGACCGGUACCUAGACCAUGAAUUCAAGAGCAAUGUUAGAAUGUCAAGAGUUACUUUUGAAUUUAUUCUUGAAACUAUAGGCCAAGAUUUAUCGCGGCAGACAUUGAAAGGUAAUCCGGCCAUUCCAUCACAGCAGCAAUUAAUGAUAGCUCUGUGGAAAAUUGCAACUGUGGACUCAUACAGGUCUGUAUGCGACCGAUUUAAUGUGGGCAAAGCCACUGCUCUGAGAGCUGUGCGUAGAGUCACUAAAGCUUUGUAUACAAAAUCGAAUUUAUUUAUUCAAUGGCCCAGUCGUGAACGAGCAAUCACAAUAAUGUGUGGAUUUGAGGAAUGUAGUGGAUUUCCGAAAACCAUAGGUGCUAUUGAACGAUAUUGAAGAAAGGCUAAAUGCGCAUUGUAAUACACGCAACGCCCACGUUUUCCUAACUACUGAUAUAGUUUAAAAGUACGAAACUCUCAAGGAAAAUAUAUUCCACUAAGGGCUUUGCUUGAUUCGGGGUCAGAUAGUAACUUCAUUGGUAAGGGUGUUUACCGAAUGUUAGGAUUAAAGCAACAAAGAACAAACGUGUCGGUGUCUGGAAUAGGUCAUACGGUCAGUAAUAUUCACAACCAAGCCCAAGUAACGAUUGGUUCUAUGUACAAUGACUUUAGUAGAACAUUAAAAUUUUUGAUUAUUAAUGAAAUUACAGCCACCAUACCAUCUGUACGAUUUGACAAAAUUAAUUUCCAAAUUCCGGCCGAUAUUAACUUGGCAGAUGUGGAUUUUAAUGUGCCGGGAAGGGUGGACAUAUUAAUCGGAGCGGAAGUAUUUUAUGACAUAUUAUUAUCGCGUAAACUCGAGUUGGGGAAAAAUAAACCUAUCUUAAGAGAAUCUCAAUUGGGUUGGCUCGUUACGGGAAAAAUUACGCACGAGGAUUUCGUUCAAAAGCGUAAUUGCAAUACUUGUGUUCGAGACGUGAAGCUACUAGGUCAGUUGCAAAAAUUCUGGGAGGUUGAGAAUUUCGAAAUACCCCGCGAAUACGCAAGUGAGAACGAAGAAUGUGAAGUCAACUUUAUUAACACUUCGAGUAGGGACGUCGACGGUAGGUUCAUCGUGCAGCUCCCCCUUAAGGGGUGCGAGUUGGGAGAGAGUGGGGCAACAGCAUUAAAAAGGUUCUUAAGCCUAGAAUGGCGAUUGGCUACAGAUGUCGUGUUGAAAAAGAAUUAUUCGGAUUUUAUGACGGAAUAUCACAAUUUAGGCCAUAUGGAAUUGGUCAAAUCGAUUGACCACCGAAGCGAUAUUGAUGAAGGGGAAUUAAUUUAUUACAUUCCACACCACGCGAUCCUGAAAGAAGCGUUGAGUGAAAAGUAAUAAGAGACGCAACUUGAUCAAUUUAUAUGAGGCUUGUGCGGGCACCGACAAAUAGAUGCGCCAGUUGUCAAAAGGCACCGAGAUCACAGAGUACUUGACUUUUAUUCGGUGCCGAGGCCCCGAGAUGUUUCAGUGACGUAAUUGAUUGGAAAGUGUUGGUGAUGACGUCACGACAGGGCUGCCAAAUAAACAGCUGAUGGAAAUAAAACAAUUCAUUCAC